AUGAAUAUUUUCGGUGGGUCCAGUGUCUGGGGAUCUGAGGAUAAUAGAGACUUCAUUGCCAGUAAUGAGUGGCACACACCUGAUGAAAGCUCACGUCCAGGAGCAGGUUCAAAUAGUAUCAUGUCGACUACAUUAGAAUCUGGAUUGAACAAUUUAGGCAUUGCAGGAGGAUUAGGAACUUCUCAAGAUGUGGACGAGGUUUUAGAACAGAGUGUUUGGGGUGAUUCAAAUACCAAUAAUCAUCAACAUGCUGGUAGUGGUAGUGAUGCAUUAGUUGGAAGUGAGUCCAAUGGGACUAAUAACGGUAACGGAAGAGAAGUGGGGAUUACUGAUACAAAUUUGUUUUCUCCUUACAGUUUAAACCAAGAUCAGGAUCAACGUAGAAGUAGAGAAUCUCAAAGGAGCCAAACUCAGGGCGAGAAUAAUAGUGGAGAUGAUGAAUCCAACGAAGAUUUGAAUGAUUGGCUUGAGUCUGUAAGGAAAACAUAUCAUCCUCUGAGUCCUGAUACCGUGGUAAUAGAGGAAAUUCCUGAACGAGAGGGUCUUUUGUUUAAGCAUACCAACUAUCUGGUAAAGCAUUUGGUGGAUCUGCCUAACACAGAGCCUUCCAAAGAUCGAAGCGUAGUAAGAAGAUAUUCUGAUUUUGUAUGGUUGCAAGAAGUUCUGCUGAAGAGGUACCCAUUUAGAUUAAUUCCAGAAUUACCACCAAAGAGAAUUGGAUCUCAAAAUGCUGAUCCUCAAUUUUUGGAAAGAAGGAAGAAAGGUUUAAUCAGAUUUAUCAAUUUAGUCAUCAAACAUCCAGUGCUGAGCAAAGAUGAUUUGAUAUUGACAUUUUUGACUGUACCAACUGACCUUUCCAGUUGGAGAAAACAAGCAGGUUAUGAUACUACUGAUGAAUUUACAGAUAAGAAGAUUUCUAAUGGAUUCAUAAAGAUGUGGCAAAAGAGGUUAUCAGAACAGUGGAAUGAGGCAGAUGCAUCUAUUGAUAAAUCCAUCGAAAUAUGGUUAAAAAUUACCUUUCUUUUAGAAAGGCAUGAGAAGAGAAUCAAACAGAUUGCACAUGAAAGAAAUAUCUUACGAUCGUUGAUUAACGAUUUCACACAAACGACACCAAAACUUUAUCCAGUGGAACAUGGUAGUACUAUUUUGGAUAUUACCAACCAAUUUAGUGUGAUUGGUAAACAUUUGCAAACUACGACCGAAUACAAUGAACAGGAAGUGGAUGCCUCCUCCAGUUCAUUGAUACCAAAAUUCAAAAUAUUUGUUGAUGUUUUGUUCUCCUUAAAGGGAUUGUUCGAAAGGUAUCGAAUAAUGGCCGGAAAUAACGUUCCUCAAUUACAGAGACGUGUAGAAAUAAAUUUUGAGAAAUUACAAACUAUGAAGGGGAAACCAGAUGUUAGCGGUGCUGAAUACGACAAGAUUAGAACUGCUAUCCAAAGAGAUAAGAAAUGUAUAGUACUGGAACUGAACAGGGCGUGGUUAAUCAGACAAUGUAUCUUAGAAGAAUUUACCAUUUUCCAAGAAACUCAAUUCAUUAUAACUAGAGCAUUCCAAGCAUGGUCCAAAUUAAACGCAAGUUUUGCUGGGCUCAAAUUGAAUGAAUGGGAAAAAUUGACUGACAACCUGAUGGAUAUGCCACUGUCUUAUCAAUAA